CCUCUUCAGUCCCGUCACCUCCAUCCUCUUUCCCCCGUCUCGCCUCCACCCCCUCAAUUUCCUCCUCCUCGCCCCCCAUUUCCACCCUCCUCCCCCUCCCCCGGCCACUUCGCUAACUUGUGGCUGUUGUGAUGCGUAUUCCCGUAGAUCCGAGCACCAGCCGGCGCUUCAGCCCCCCCUCCAGCAGCCUGCAGCCCGGCAAGAUGAGCGACGUGAGCCCGGUGGUGGCUGCACAGCAGCAGCAACAGCAGCAGCAACAGCAGCAGCAGCAGCAACAGCAGCAACAGCAGCAGCAGCAGCAGCAGGAGGCAGCCGCAGCGGCGGCGGCGGCGGCGGCAGCGGCGGCAGCGGCAGUGCCCCGGUUGAGGCCGCCGCACGACAACCGCACCAUGGUGGAGAUCAUCGCCGACCACCCGGCCGAACUGGUUCGCACCGACAGCCCCAACUUCCUGUGCUCCGUGCUGCCCUCGCACUGGCGGUGCAACAAGACUCUGCCCGUGGCCUUCAAGGUGGUAGCCCUCGGAGAGGUACCAGAUGGGACUGUGGUUACUGUCAUGGCAGGGAAUGAUGAGAACUAUUCUGCUGAGCUCCGAAAUGCCUCUGCUGUUAUGAAAAACCAAGUAGCAAGGUUCAACGAUCUGAGAUUUGUGGGCCGGAGUGGACGAGGCAAGAGUUUCACCUUGACCAUAACAGUCUUCACAAAUCCCCCCCAAGUGGCCACUUAUCACAGAGCGAUUAAAGUGACAGUGGAUGGUCCCCGGGAACCAAGAAGGCACAGACAGAAGCUUGAUGACUCUAAACCUAGUUUGUUCUCUGACCGCCUCAGUGAUUUAGGGCGCAUUCCUCAUCCCAGUAUGAGAGUAGGUGUCCCGCCUCAGAACCCACGGCCCUCCCUGAACUCUGCACCAAGUCCUUUUAAUCCACAAGGACAGAGUCAGAUUACAGAUCCUAGGCAGGCACAAUCUUCCCCACCGUGGUCCUAUGACCAGUCUUACCCCUCGUACUUGAGCCAGAUGACGUCACCAUCCAUCCACUCCACCACGCCUUUGUCUUCCACCCGGGGCACUGGGCUACCCGCCAUCACCGAUGUGCCCAGGCGCAUUUCAGAUUCAGAGCCCAGUACCUUGGACUCCCAGUCUUCCACUACCCUGUUCCUGUCUUCAGAGGAGCCGGGCCCCUCUACGGCUGCACUGCCAUCUCCUUCCUCCUCCUGUGAGCCCCAGGCCUUCUCCCCGAGUCCGACCAUGUUGCCCUCUCUCCUGCCACCUCUGUCCACCCCCUCUACAGCCCCGGGUAUCUGCAUCCCUCGGCGCACUGGGCUCUACACCAUUGUCACCUCAUCCCCAGAAGCUGCACCCCACCUUGUUGACUGGCUGCCCAGCUGCCCGUCUGCCACCUCCCCUGGUGUCCGAGGCAAGGAUCGUGAGCGGCCCCAGCCUGUGUUGACUCCGGCUUCAGCUUCAGAAAGGGGUCACAGUCAGCAUCCAAGCUCUGCCAGGGAUGAUCAUGCCGAGAAUCCUAGAACAUCCCCGCCCCCCUGUGCCCCUGCAGCCACUGCUGCCACCUUGGAGGCCAAUGUUGGGGACAUCCUGGUAGAACUUCGGACAAUGAACGGCCACCUGGACAUCAUAGCAAAGGCCCUCACUAAAUUGGCAUCGUCUCUGGUACCCCAGUCCCAACCUGUGCCUGAAGCACCAGAUACCAAUUAAGGGAGUCUUACAUCACCUAAAAACUAAGGGAUGCUGAGGGUACCACUCAUCCCUGCUUCUCUGACCCUAUCUGUGAUGGAGGCAAGCAAACCCAGUGGACGAGCCAGUUACAGGGCUAGUUUGCUUGCAGAAUAGAUGCCCUUGGUCUGUCACGCAAAGGACAGCACAUCUCUUGCUGGCUCCAGGAGCUCUGGCAUGCCCUAGGCUCUCUGUGCUUCCCUCCACCUUCAGAUACACUUCUCUUGCUGUAACUUCCCAGUAAAAGCAGUUCCAAAAGAUUGCAGUAUUGGACCAAGGUAAUUAGAGAAGCAACAUUUCCCUCCUGAGUCCUCUGAGCCAGGAGAAGAGAGAAGAGGAGAUCCUGCCGUCACCAUCAUCAGAAACACCUCCAGGAUACCUCCAGCAUCCCUUUCUCGAGAUGCUAACAGUGUGUCCACCUCCAGUGGACUUCACACUCUUGUUUUUAAAAGUACCUUUAGAAAAAUAUUAUUUUUUCUCAUUUAUAUCCAUGUUUCAUAAAGUUUGGAAAUAAAGAAGGGGUAAAGCAAGGAUAUA